AUGGAUUUAUCAGGGGCUGGUAAUAUAGGCGAUCCUCAGUUAGCCUCAUUUAUUGAACAGGAAAAUCAAAAACAACGUUUUCAAACUGUUGUACAUUCAUUAACUGAUCAAUGUUGGGAAAUCUGUGGACCUAGUAUAUCAUCGAGGCUUGAUGGGAAAACUGAAACAUGUUUAGCACAUUGUGUUGAACGUUUUAUUGAUUCAAGUAAUUAUAUUAUCAAUAAACUUGGACAAGAAGGUGCUGCUGCUGUUGCAUCAAUGAAAUCAAAUGAAUUUAGUUCAUCAACAGAUUUUUCAUUGGGUUCACCGGAUAUGGGUCUUCAAACGCCGGAUUUUUCAUCCGAUUAUAAUUCAUCAACAGGUCAACAAGAGAAAAAAAAUAGCAGUUGGAAGUUUUGGUAG